GGAAGCGGCGGGCGGGCCGUGGCGCCGUUGCCGAGCGGCGGGCGGAGGCGCGGGCCCGCGGCGGGGCCGUCCCGUCGCUAUGAGCGCGGCCGGGCUGGUGUCUGCCACGCCGCCCGCCCCCACCCCGCCUGGGGCCGCCGCCAUGGCCCCCGCUCCCGAGUACUACGAAGAGGAGGAGCUGGAGAGCGCCGAGGAGGAGGACGGCGAGCGGAGCGCUCGGGCCCGAGACUCCGAUGAGGACACUGAGGAUGCCAGUGAAACUGACCUGGCAAAACAUGAGGAUGAGGACUUUGUAGAAAUGAAAGAGCAGAUGUAUCAGGACAAACUGGCAUCUCUGAAGAGGCAGCUGCAACAGUUGCAGGAAGGUACCCUUCAGGAGUAUCAGAAAAGAAUGAAGAAGCUGGACCAGCAGUACAAAGAAAGGAUAAGAAAUGCAGAACUGUUCCUCCAGCUGGAAACAGAUCAGGUGGAAAAAAAUUAUGUCAAGGAAAAGAAGGCAGCAGCAAAGGAGUUUGAAGAUAAGAAAAUUGAGCUUAAGGAAAACUUGAUUGCGGAGUUGGAAGAGAAGAAGAAGAUGAUUGAGAAUGAAAAGCUAACCAUGGAAUUAACAGGAGAUUCAAUGGAAGUGAAGCCCAUUAUGACAAGGAAACUGAGGCGACGACCCAACGAUCCUGUUCCCAUCCCAGACAAGAGGAGGAAACCUGCCCCUGCUCAGCUAAAUUAUUUGUUGACUGAUGAGCAAAUAAUGGAGGACCUGAGAACACUAAAUAAGCUUAAAUCACCCAAGAGACCAGCCUCUCCCUCCUCUCCUGAGCACCUCCCAACCACACCAGCAGAGUCUCCAGCACAGCGGUUUGAAGCCCGGAUAGAGGAUGGAAAACUGUACUAUGAUAAGAGAUGGUACCACAAGAGCCAGGCUAUUUACCUGGAGUCGAAAGACAACACCAAGAUCAGCUGUGUGAUCAGCUCUGUGGGUGCCAACGAGAUUUGGGUGAGGAAAACCAGCGACAGCACGAAGAUGAGGAUCUACCUGGGGCAGCUGCAGCGAGGUGUCUUCGUGAUCCGCCGGCGAUCGGCUGCAUGAUGGUCUUUAUUUUUAAACCAAUAGACAAACCUCUAAUGGGGGUAAUGGCAGCCUGUUCACUCAGCAGCAGAGAACACUGUCAUGACCUCUUAUGAGACAGUUUGUGGCUGGCCACAUAAUCCCCAGUAGUCCUUAAAUCUUUAGUGACACCCAAGCACUGCCCUGGACUAUUCCUGGAUUUUUUGCAUCAAGCUUCUGUCUGCUUGCUUUGUAUUUUGGGUGACUAUUUAAGAAGACUUUGCAUCAUAUUUUUUCAUCCUUGUUUUAUGGUGCAUAGGUGGGACUGGUGUGUUGAAAACAAAGUAACGUUUCUGUUUUGGAUCAGACCCAUGGAAGAAGCUUUGGUUGUCAAGCCCUCAGGUUAUUUGUUCUUUUUGGUUUUGUUUUCCUGCAAGGCUCAGGUUGUUGGGCAAAAGGAGAAGACUCUUGCCAGCUUCCAGCUUCAGCCAAGAGAUGUCUGUAAUACAUCUUUAGCAGCUUUGUUGGAUGAACUCUUUAAAGACUUGAGCACUGAGGCUUUUUUAAGGAAAGUAAACAGCUCAAACUGCUGAAAAUCCAGUUGAUAUUAAUGUAGUUAAGCAAUCACAUGUGGUUAAUUAGAAGGUUUUGUUUCUCUUUACAUUAAAAAACCCUUCAAUGAACAA